CAAAUUAACUUAACUUUAUAGAAUUUUUAAUAAAAAAACUUAAGAAAUGUCAGGAAAUAUUACAGUUUUGUUAAAUGAAAAGAGAUAUAAUAUUAAAACUUUACCAUCACAAAUAAUUAAUGAUCUUCUUCUUGAAGGAUGUAAGAGGGCAGGAAUAUUAAAUCCAGAAGAAUAUUCGCUUAAAUACAGAUCUAAUAUACUUGAUCUUUCUUUACCAGUCAGAUUAGCAGGAUUUCCAGCAGGAGCAAAAUUAACGCUGGUUAAACAAAAAUAUUUAGAACAGGAUAUCAAAGUGGCGCUUCAAAUAGUUGAUCGAGAAAAACGAUUAAUAAAGUCAUUUCCAGCAGAUACUACACUUUGGGAAAUUCUUUGUCAUUUUGAACAAACAACAGAGCCACCAAUUAAUAUAACAAGGAGAUCGGUUGCAGUGAAAAUUAAGGAUCAGGUAAACCAGUAUUAUGAAAUGCCAAUUGUUCGUAUUAUAAGCAAAGAGUUUAGUGGACCAGAAGUACUUGAAAAGAUAACAUUGGCAUCACAAGGUAUUGUUAAUGGGAGUGUUGUUCUUUAUGUUAAAUUUGAAAAAAUACAAAAAUGUUUCAAUGAAAUGAUGGCAUUGCUUCCACAAAAAGAUAUUAAAUUGUUAGAGAAAAACAUAAAAAUGGAUAUUGAAAAUAUUUCAGAAAAUAAAGAAGAUACGGAGCAGACGAAGUCUCAAAUAUCAGAGAAACCGUUAUCUCAAAUACCAAAACAUGAAACAUCUGAAGAAAUAAGCAUUGAUGAAUUAAUAUCUAAACGUGAAAUAUUAGUUUUAUCGAAACCUACAUCUUCAAAUCUUUAUGCUUCUAAAGUUAAUACAAAUGAAGAAGACCAUGAAAUGACACUUGAAAUGGCUAUAUUUUAUCAAAAUAUUCUCUCUUCGAAAGCGAAGAGAGUCGGAAAUAACAGGAACUCUAAUAUUCAUCAGGAAUUAGAACAAGAAAACAACCUUAAGAAAAAAUAUAAUAUAAAAUUCAAACUACCUGAUGGAAUGCAAAUUAUAGGCUCGUUUGAAGGAAAUGAGAGAAUUCAAGCGUUGUAUGAUUUUAUAAGAUAUGUUAUACAAUAUUCAGAUGAACCGUUUUAUUUAUAUACUACACCUCCUCCUAAACAUCUAUUAAACGUUAAAGGAACACUAGCAUCUAAUCCUAAUUUUUCAUCCAAAACUAUUGUUAUUUUCAAAUGGGCAGAUAAUGCACAAUCAUACGUCAAAGAACAUAGUACUCUUAAAGACACAUAUUUAAACAUGCAAAAGGAUAUUUCUACAAUUAUUACGUCCUUAAAAGACGAAGAAGACGAAGAAGAGAAAGAAGAAAAAAAAGAGGAAAAAAAACAAGAUCUUAACUUAUCAGCUAUAUCAUCUAAUUCUCCAUCUUUGCGCACACUCAAUUCUAAAAAAAAACCUAAAUGGCUAAAACUUUCAAAAUAAAAUAAUAUAUAUAUAUUAUUUAUCUCAAUUAAACGAUUUAUAUA